AUGGAUCUGCAAAACCCGACGAACAUUGUAGUCGCCGACUUGACCGUUAUACCCCCGCAACCGAACCCCGACGAGAGGCGGACCAGGGGCAUUUUCGGUACGGAAUUUGAUCGGAAAAUCGGGCGCCCAAAGAAGUUAUGCGCCAGAGGGCAUUGGAGGCCACAUGAAGACGCCAAGCUUAAAGCGCUCGUCGCCCAGUUUGGCCCUCACAAUUGGAAUCUCAUCGCCGAUAAACUCCCCGGAAGAUCAGGGAAAAGUUGCAGGCUAAGGUGGUUCAACCAACUAGACCCAAAGAUCAACAAGGGCCCAUUUAGUGAAGAAGACGAACGAAGGCUCUUGGCGGCCCACAGUCUAUACGGAAACAAGUGGGCCCUGAUUGCCAAGCUAUUCCCAGGCCGGACAGAUAACGCCGUCAAGAACCAUUACCACGUGGUCAUGGCCAGGAGGAGCAAGGAGUCUAACGGCGUUUACCGGAGGUUGGUGAGUAAACGGCCCCGUUAUUCGUCCGGGAACGCGUGUAGCGACUCGUCGGCGGCAACGAUUUCAAGCAAUACUAAUAACGAUAGAGUUGAUAAGAAGUAUUGUUGUUAUUCCAAUGCUGGUUUUUUCCGGCGGUUCGUGGAAACGGAUCAAAAAUCAGAUUCAAACUGUGAAAGUUUUGCAGUAUCUGAGUCAGAGACGUUCUUGGCGGAGAAGCCGUGUGAUGAGGCGCGGCUUCAGCGAGGCGGAGGUGCUUGGGCGAGGCGGAGGCAAAUGCGGCGACGAAAAGGGGAUCGGAGGAUGUGA